AUGAACUUCGCUAAUUUUCUUUACUUCAUUGCGAUUAUAGUUCAAGGAUGUAGGGCUCCGGCUUGUUUUAGCAGGAUUAAAUUUGAUUCGGCUAAUUAAAUCUCAUCUCACUGUGCGCCAGGUUUACAGGAAGUGGUAUAUUUUCCUAAUACUUACUGCAACAAAACAAGCAUGUGCAUGACAAGUAGUAGAAAAAGUUUUAAAAAUUUAAUAAACCUUUUUAUAUUAUCUAAAAAUUUUUAAGUCACAAUAAAAAGGAUUCAAAAGAA